GUCACUUCCUUGUUUCUCUGACUGAUUCUCUCUGCCUGCCUCUCCUCAGACUGACGAUGGCUGAAGCCCAGCUGUGUGGAUUACAGGACGAGUUCACAUGCUCGGUGUGUCUGGACACCCUGACUGACCCCGUCACCAUCCCCUGUGGCCAUAAUUUCUGCCUGAAGUGCCUCACAAAGAACUGGGAUCAGAGCCAAGAGUACAGCUGUCCUCAAUGCAGACACACCUUCACCACAAGGCCUGAACUGAAGAGAAUCACUCUGCUUAAUGAAGUCGUUAAGAAAUUAAAGAAGACGACACUCAGUUCUCCUCCUCCUCAGAAUUAUGCUGGCCCUGGAGACGUGGAGUGUGACUUCUGUACUGGUAAGAAGUUCAGAGCGGUGAAGUCCUGUCUCACCUGCCCGGCCUCCUACUGCCAGACUCACCUGCAGCCUCACUAUGAAGGAGACGCCCUGAAGCACCACAAGUUGGUUGAUCCUGAUAGAAAUCUGAAGAAGAAACUCUGUGAGAAACAUCACAAAAGUCUGGAGAUAUUCUGUAAAACUGAUGAUUCCUGUAUCUGCUUGAUGUGUGUGGUGACUGAACAUAAAAAUCAUGAAAUGGUCGAGCUGGAGACGGAAAGAGAAGAAAAGGAG